UGAUUCUGCAGGGUUGUCCAAAUCCCACAGCAUUUCCUGUAAGAACGCUGUCAGUCCGCCUAACCCUCAAAUCGAGAUGAUUCGGUCAAUGGUGCUUCCUCGACUCCUUCGGCGUGUUUUGCUACAAAAUACACCAUCGUGCAGGCGGUACAGCAAGCAUGAUCCCAUAUAUUUGGACCUCCUGAAGUCAAAAUACCCCCAAUAUGAGGCAGUGAACUUCCGACUCACGGGAUACGACUACUCUGUGCUGGAGAGCUACCAGAAGUUCGUCCACAACACGGCAGAAUACAUGGGAUUCAAUGUGGAGGAUUCCUGGGCAGUGCCGCCGAAGAAGCUCAAAGUGCAGCGCUUCAAGCCUCAGAGCACGGUGGUUGACAGUGAAUACAGCCUCUGUGUGUUCGAGAGAAUUGUGCACAUCGAGGAUCUGGACGCCCCGACGUAUCCUACGCUGCUGCGAGUCCUGCAAGCCGCCUUGCCGGAAGGCGUGACGCUGGAGGUGCUCGAGCACUCGGAUGAACAGGAGGAGAUCAAGUACGUGCCAGACACUGAACUGCUCCAGCUCAAGGCCCAAUUGGAGGACAUGAGAAAGCCGAAGAAGUAGAACUUUGUGGAGAUUUUCACUCUUCACGUGGAAUUGGACGGAUUUGUUAAUUUUGUACUCUCUCAAAAAGUGUCUCCAGAAAUUGUAUAAGAAGAAUAUUGGACGGAAGAUUGUUUU